CUAAGGAACUUAUGAAGUUUCCCAUUUUUGUACUCCUGUUCCCAGUGCUUCUGCUGCUGCUACAGCCUCGCCUUACCUACUCCGCCUUGCAUGGAAACGAGACCGAUCGCAUGGCACUGCUUGAUUUCAAGCAAGCCUGUGGUGAUCCACAUGGAUCUUUGGCCUCCUGGAAUGCAAGUAUCCACUUCUGCUCUUGGAAAGGUGUCUCAUGCAGCCUGAAGCAUUCCCAACGCGUCUCUUUGCUCAACCUCACUGAUCAAGGCUUGGUGGGCUACAUAACGUCUUCUCUUGGAAAUCUUACACAUCUCCGAGAACUGCACCUGCCAACUAAUAGCUUUGGUGGUGAGAUCCCAGCUUCCAUUGGUCGUCUGCGCCGGCUGAAGGUGCUCUCCUUGAGCAAUAACUCACUGCAAGGAUGGGUUCCUGAUGAGCUCUCUAAUUGUUCCCACCUCCAGAUCUUACAGUUGUCCUCCAACCAGCUAAUAGGAGGGAUUCCUCGUGACAUUGGUUACCUUUUGAAACUUGUGAUUCUUGGUCUGUCGGAAAAUAACCUUGCUGGAACAAUUCCACUUUCAGUUGGUAACAUUACAGCUCUCCGUGUAGUUUCCCUUUCGGAGAACUACCUUCAGGGGAGUAUCCCUGAGGAACUUGGGCAGUUGUCUGGGAUGUCAUACUUGGCACUGGGUGCCAAUUUGCUGUCAGGAAGAGUACCGCCGACAUUGUUCAAUCUGUCUUCUCUCGGUGUGCUCGGACUGGAGCUGAACCAUCUUAACAAGGCGGUGUUACCUUCUGACUUUGGCAGCCACCUUCCCAGUCUUCAGCACCUCGGGUUGGAUUCAAACCAUUUUGAAGGACCUAUCCCAUCUUCUCUAGCGAAUGCUUCAAUGCUCAUUGAUGUUAGUCUGUCCCGCAACCAUUUCAGUGGUCAUGUGCCUAGGUCUCUAGGUAAUUUGCAAGAGCUCACCUUCCUGAAUCUUGAAUCGAACAAUCUCGAAUCAGCAGCUAAUAAGGAGAACUGGGAGUUUAUCGAUUCACUGACCAACUGCAGCAAGCUUCAAGUGAUUGGACUGGGUGAGAAUAACCUGGGGGGAGUUGUGCCAAACUCCAUAGGGAACUUCUCUCAACUUCAAAUACUGUUUCUUGGCACAAAUCGGUUGUCUGGGAAGUUUCCAUCAGGCAUCUCAAACCUCCAGUCCUUGAUUGGCUUAUCACUUGAAAACAACCAGUACACAGGAGUGAUUCCCGAAUGGAUUGGAAAUCUUGGGAAUUUGCAGGCGUUAUACCUGGAAGGAAACAGCUUCACCGGGCCUAUCCCGCAUUCAAUUGGUAAUCUUUCUCAGUUGUCGUAUCUCUAUCUGCAAGAUAAUAAGAUUGAUGGGCUAAUUCCCCCCAGCCUGGGCAACAUGAAGAACCUCCUAAGAUUGAACAUCACUAACAAUAGUCUCCUGGGCAGUGUGCCGGUGCAGAUAUUCAGUCUUCCCUCACUUAUAAAUUGCCAAUUGUCCUUCAACAAACUUAAUGGCAUAUUGCCUCGAGAAGUUGGCAAUGCCAAACAACUCAUGGAGCUGCAUCUUUCAUCCAACAAGCUAUCUGGAGAAAUCCCACACACUCUGGGUAAUUGCCGUGGCUUGGAAAUUGUCCAGUUGUCUCACAACUUCCUUGUUGGUAACAUUCCAGUAUCCUUGGGCAGGCUGGAGAGCUUGAAAGUAUUGAAUCUUUCUCACAACAACUUAUCAGGAUCCAUUCCCAAAUCUUUGGAUGGUCUGAAUUUGCUCAGACAAGCAGAUCUUUCAUAUAAUCAUCUUGUAGGUGAGGUCCCAACAAAAGGUGUGUUCCUAAAUGCAUCUGCCCUCAUGCUUGAAGGGAACACAGGGCUGUGUGGUGGUGUUCCUGAACUCCACAUGCCUGCAUGCUCUGUUGGAUCAAGAGAGUCAACAAGGCGAAGGCAGUCUCGCAUGGUCAUAACAAUAACCACUAUAGCAAUCACAGUAAUAACUUUACUUGUGAUACUGAUCAUACUUACUUUCAUGUUUCGGAAGAACAAGUUGAAACAUGCAUCUGUGACUCUACCUUCAUUUGGUGCAAAGAUCCCGAAAGUUACUUACAAGGAUCUAGCCGAAGCGACAGAUCAAUUCUCAUCAUCCAAUUUAAUUGGUGGAGGAAGAUAUGGUUCUGUCUACAAAGCAAGGUUACAUGGAGAGGCUAAUUUGGUAGCUGUGAAAGUUUUUGACAUGGCAACGAGAGGCGCAACUAGAAGUUUCAUUGCAGAAUGUGAAGCUCUGAGAAGUUUAAGGCAUCGUAAUCUUGUUCCUAUCCUAACAGCCUGCUCUAGUAUUGACUCUAGAGGAAAUGAUUUCAAAGCUUUGGUUUACGAGUUCAUGCCUAAUGGUAGCCUUGACUCAUUGCUUCACCCGAAGGAAGAUGGUAUGCCUGCUCCAUGUUAUCUUACUCUCAUUCAAAGGUUGAGUAUUGCUCUCGACAUCGCAAAUGCACUGGAGUAUCUUCACCACAAUAGCCAGAGGCCAAUUCUUCACUCUGAUCUGAAGCCUAGCAACAUCCUUCUUGCCGAUGAUAUGAGCGCUCGCAUAUGUGACUUUGGCCUCGCAAGAUUCUGUGACAGGGCAAGAUCAACUAGCACGGUUGCAGUAAAGGGAACCAUUGGCUACAUUGCACCAGAGUAUGCAACUGAUGGACAAGUCAUGGCCUCCGGUGAUGUGUACAGCUUUGGAGUCAUCCUAAUGGAGAUGCUCAUUGGGAGGAGGCCUACUGAUGACGUGUUCAGAGAUGGCCUGACCAUCGUUAGCUUUGUUGACAUGAGCUUCCCUGACAGGAUACAAGAAAUUCUCGAUGCCCAGCUGCAGGAAGAAAUCAGGGACUUUGAAGUUCACAGCGGGAGCAUGGCGAUGAUCAUCGAGUGCGUGCAAUCCGUGCUGAGGAUUGGGCUGUCCUGCACAUUCCAGUCGCCGAAUGAGAGGCUGAACAUGAGAGAAGUGGCCAUGAAGUUGCAGGCCAUCAGGAAGUCCUAUGUUGGAGAUUUAGCUCUUUAAGUGGCUGUCUGUUAGUAUGAUCUGAAUAAUCUUGAGUUUGUACUUCAUCCAAGAACUUGUGUGCGUCAUAAUGUAGACGUGCAUGUAAAAAAUUGUGCAAAAAUAUGAUUAUAUGUGCACUGUAAAAAUAUAUUAAAAAGUACAAUUAUAUUACAAAAGCUUAGCCAAUCCUUUGACCUUUUUAUAAAGCGC